AUGCCCUCGCAACGCCGUCGCGGUGCCAGCUUUCGUGGUGCGUACUGCCCUGGUGCGGUCUCCCUUUGUUUGGAAGACUCGGUCGCGGAGACCGCUGAAGUAUUCCGCCGCUCCCCUUCCAUCACGGCUGCGAGCGAAUACCUCGUGCCGCCCAAGUCGGCGGAGACUCAGUCUCGCCUAACCGUGGUGCUCGACCUGGAUGAGACUCUCAUCUACGCACGCCAGGGGCCACUCUACGUCCGCCCUGGCAUGGACAAGCUGAUGCGCUUCCUUGCUGAUCACUGCGAGACCAUUGUGUGGACCUCCAGCAAGCACCGUUACGCGGACGCCGUGAUUGCACAAAUUGACCCAUACGGCGCCAUCUGCCACACCGUCUAUCGCCACCGCCGCUGGUUCAACGGCACCUCAGCAACGAAGGAGCUGCGGUUGCUGGGCCGUGACCUCGCCUCCACGAUCAUCAUCGAGAACACGCCAGACUGCUGCCGCGGCUACGAGAAGAACGCGAUCCUCGUGGAUGACUACGAGGGCGGUGAGCUGGCGGACCACACCCUGUACACCCUUCUCGCGCUGCUGACGGACCUCGUGGAGCGUCACGAGAGGGAAGGGGUGACCGUGCCGGAGUUCAUCGCGUCUACGCACCGCCUGGUGCAAGAGAGCGUGUUGACGGACAAGGGAACUGCCAUGCAGGCUUUCUGCCUGACCUCCGUCGACGACGAGUACGCCGUGGCGCACUCACCGGUGACGAAGUGUCCGUGCAUCACACGCGAUACCGUGGUUGAUGUCUUUCCGCGCAAUUCCCUGUCCUCACGCACGCUGCCGUCUUCCUUUACAGGACUGAAGCGCCGGUACGCUCCGCAGGCACGCGCCGUCUACUGA